GGCUUGCUUUCGAGUCUUUCCAAUGCCCAUGAGCCCUUUCCAUGGUCAAAGCUUUAUAAUUUCUGCCUGAGAGAAGAAAGAAGCCCAACAGUGGGACUGACCCAUGUCCUGUACCCACCCCAGAUCUCAUGUAGCUCCUGAGUCCCUUUCUGAUGGACAUGCUUCUCCUCCCUCUCUCCAUGUUGCUCCUGCUCACACAGCCCUGGAGAUCUCUGGGAACAGAAAUGAAGGUCUAUUCCCAGAAAAUACUGGCCAACGCCUGUACCCUGGUUGUGUGUAGCCCCCUGGAGGAUGACUUGCCUGGUCGUGAUGGACAAGAUGGAAAAGAAGGCCCACGAGGGGAGAAGGGAGAUCCAGGGCUUCCAGGCAUGCCUGGUCCAGCUGGGAGAGAGGGUCCCUCAGGGAGGCAGGGGAGCAUGGGACCUCCGGGCACACCAGGCCCCAAAGGAGAGACUGGGCCCAAAGGGCCUGUUGGUCCACAGGGACCUUCAGGUGCCAUGGGCCCCCCAGGACUAAAAGGGAACAGAGGUGAUCCUGGAGAAAAAGGAGCAAAAGGGGAUUGUGCAUUUUCAGAAGUUAAUACUCUGAGGCAGCGGAUGACAAACUUAGAGGGAGAAGUACAACGCCUCCAGAAUACUGUCUCUCAGUAUCGGAAAGCGGCGCUCUUCCCACCUGGCCUGGCUGUCAGGGAGAAGAUCUUCAAGACGGCAGAUGUUGUAAAAUCAUAUUCAGAUGCCCAGCAAGUCUGCAGAGAGGCUGGGGGACAGCUGGCCUCGCCGCGCUCUGCAGCCGAGAACGAGGCUGUGACACAGCUGGCCAGCGCCCAGAAGAAGCACGCUUACCUGAGCAUGAAUGACAACACCACGGAGGGCAGGUUCACGUACCCCACGGGGGAGUCACUGGUCUAUUCCAACUGGGCCAGCGGGGAGCCCAACAAUAAGGCCAAAGACGGAGGCCCAGAGAACUGUCUUGAGAUCUAUUCUGAUGGCAAAUGGAAUGACAUAGAAUGCAGUGAGCAGCGCCUCGUGAUCUGCGAGUUCUGAGCCCCUGGGGAGGAAGAGGGAAAUGCCAGGGUUGUGUGCUGCCAGCAUCUCAAUAAAAAGGUGAACCUCUGCUGCUCACGGCUUUCCCACUGAGCCAUAGGAUGAGACCAGAAGGCAGGCCACUUAUGGAACUCCUUCCUCAGAAUAAAGUUCUAAACUGUCUUCACACUUGGAAGACAUGUCAGAAAGAAGGGAGGGGGGCAGCCUGCUUUUCCAGGGGCAAGGGCUAAACGGAGGUCUCCAAGCCUCCCCUGUUGAAAAAUUCAGCACCUCUGCCUCACCAAGAUAGAUGUCUAGCCCUCCAUCUCCGCCAACCAUCGGCCACAUAUGACCCCACUGGUCACUGCCUCCUCCUUCCCUUUCCUCUCUGGCCUUCAAUCUUCUUAUCCUUCAGUCUCUUUCUCUCACCUCUCCUCCUCUCCUGACACUCACAGAGGGGGAGCAGGAUCCUCAGCUCUGGCUCUCUUCUCUCCUUGCACUCCCUCUAGACAUGGGCUCAUUCUCUCCCAUGGUUUCAAAUCCCUUUUAUUGAUGCCUCCCCCAGGUAGAGCCCUGUUUGGACCUCUCUCCAAAACCCAGACUCCUCUAACCAAGGUAUGCUGCAGCCCCGGGGCUUGAAGGUCACAGUGGAGGGAAGCACCAGCUUCUCUGGCCAUAUUGAGUGGCCUUACACCCAGUAGAAUCACCUCACCCUUGAUCUUGACCACCCAGGAUCUCUUUCUUCCCAUGACAAUGUGACUGUGGAUGGCUCAUCAGAGAAUGUACAAUUCACAGUCCUAAUCCCUUCUGAACUUUCAGGCAGAGAGGGUGCCCAGCUAUGUUCAGAUUCAUCCCCCAAACUCUUCCUGCCUUGAAGUACAAGGGAUGUUCAUCUUCACUCUGCCUCAGAGAUAGGUUAGUCAAAUGCUUCUCAUUUUAGAGAAAUGGAAAUCAAGACACAGAGAUGAAGAGAACUUGCAUAGGUAGUAAACUCGGAGAUAGUGUGCCUCUGGGCUGGACAACUGGUGUUUGUCAAUUCAAGUAAAAUUCAAGUUUUAUUCUCACCUAGACACUCUGAGAACAAAGCUAGUGGCAAAAGCUGAGCUUUGCUAAAGCAAAGCGAUAUGGUGCCCACUCCUGAGUUCAACAAAGUCUUCCCUGUCUACACAUGCACAGGAAAGCUUCUUGCGGGUCAAAAAGGGAGGGGCCCGACCCCAUAAUAAGUGUGGACAUGCACCAAUAAGACCCUGACAUGGGAUGUAUCUUAGAAAACAGUUUCACAGGCACCUGGGGGAGGGUCCAUGGCCCAGUCAGUUGUAAGAAAUUAACAAGAUUUAAGGUUAAAAAAAGGUAAACAAAGUCCCUGAAGGACUGUCUUACAUAAGUCAUUUAUGUCACUUUUUACUGCACUCUGCCUCAUUCAGGACAUCCUCACUCCACCAUGGGUAUGUGUCUCUGCUUAGCUCUGACUUACUGCACUCCUCCUCAUUAGAGAGGAUGCCCAUACCCUUUCUCUCUGGGGGCAUAUUUCUGCUUUGCUUCUGUCUUAAAUAAACAACCUGUUUCUCUCUGUGCUCUGCCAUACCGUGUGCUGUGUCUCUAAUAAUAAACUUUGUACCUAUUUAUA